AUUAUUGCUAAUUCAAAAUUCUGAACAGAAUUAUUCAAAUAUAUAAAGCAAUGUUAUUUGCUGGCAAUCAAGUGUAAUUUUCUGUGGAUUGAGCUGUAGUGUGGUGGGGGUUAUGACCUAGUGUUGCCUCCACUCCAGUUCAGUUCAGAUAGCAGACUCAGCAGGCAGCCAUUGAGUGCCACUCACAGCAAAUCAUUGGUCUACUUCUUGGUUUGAAAGGUUUUCCAAUAAAUACUAGUGUUUAAUAAACUCGCAGUGUGUUUGUAUCUGAUAUGUUGGACAUUCUUUACAAAUCAAUUAAGCAUGUUUGUUCAUCUGUUAUUUCUCAGAGACCUACUGUUGAGCAGGAAACAUUGCAAGGCAGGUUGCCAAAUCAUGUAAAAGUUGUCGAAGUUGGUCCAAGGGAUGGAUUGCAAAAUGAACCCAUGCAAGUGGAAACGGAAACUAAGCUGGAAUUGAUUAAAAAGCUUUCACAGGCAGGACUUAGUACAAUAGAAGUCACAAGUUUUGUUUCACCAAAAUGGGUACCACAAAUGGCUGAUCAUAAAGAAAUUAUGGAAAAUUUAAAUUUAGAUGAUUCUAUUUCUUACCCAGUCUUAGUUCCUAAUCUAAAAGGCCUUGAAACUGCAGUGAAAGCUGGUGCAAAAGAAAUUGCUGUGUUUGGAUCUGCUUCAGAAAGUUUCAGUAAGAAAAACAUUAAUUGUUCUAUCGAUGAAAGUCUGUCAAGGUUUAAGGAAGUCAUAUCCGCUGCGUUAGAUAAGGGUAUCAAAGUAAGAGGUUAUGUCUCCUGUGUUUGUGGUUGUCCAUAUGAAGGUUACAUUUCUCCAAAAGCCGUAGUUCAUGUUGCUAAAGUAUUACACGAAAGUGGCUGCUAUGAAAUAUCAUUAGGAGAUACAAUUGGCGUUGGUACACCUGGAAGUAUGGCGGUAAUGCUGGAAGAAGUGUCCAAAGUUGUCCCCAUCAACAAGUUAGCUGUCCAUUGUCAUGAUACUUACGGCCAAGCUCUUGCGAAUAUACUGACAGCGCUUCAGAUGGGCGUGAGCGUUGUGGAUUCUUCAGUAGCUGGUCUUGGUGGAUGUCCUUAUGCGAAAGGAGCAUCAGGAAACGUGGCAACUGAAGAUUUAGUCUACAUGCUGCACGGAAUGGGAAUCAAGACGGGAAUCAAUUUGAAGAGGCUGAUAGAGGCAGCCGAUUUCAUCACCUUAGCUCUUAACAAACCAACCAAUUCCAAAGUUGGCAAGGCUAUGAGCUCAAGGUCAAGCCUACUAUAAUUUUUUAUAAACCGUUAAUUUUAAUCUUUUAAGUAUUUUACUGUGAUGUCAAUAAUUUAUUUUUUAUAUUUGUAAAUAAAUUAUUUUUUUCUUAAUUUCAAAUA